AUGGCUUUCAAUGCGAAGAACCUCGCUUAUGAAAAUAAACAGCCAGCUUUUCUACAACGACUUAGAAAUCAGUAUGGAGAUACGUCUGGUCGCCUCGAGAGACCUGUCGCGCGGCCCCGAUUAACGAAGACCGAUGACGAUGAUGAUGACGAGCCUACAUACGUCUUCGAAGAAAGCAAUGAGGCUAUAACAAAGGAGGAAUUUGAGGCUCUUUUGAGUGGAGAUACGGACAAACAUGACUCAACAACGAAGUUUUCUUCAGGUCAAGACCAGAGUACACCAGCCAGCGAUAAAGUUGGUCAACAGGAGACCGAAAAACCAGAUCCUGGAGAUCCAUCUGCAUCGAAGCAGAAUCUAGCCGAAAUAGGAGGUCCCAAGAAGCGAAAACAGGCCAAGAUCAUUGCAGAUGAGAGUGCUGAACCAGAGACUGGAGCACCGCAAGAAAAAUCUGGUACUCAAAAAGUCAAGCAGAAGCAGAAGAAGAAGAAGAUUAAACUAUCAUUCGAUGACUGA